UUUAUACGUUCAAUUCUCGAUCACAACGCUGCAUCCGGCAGUUUACUACCUGGGGACGCUAAUUCUUUACCUUCCCAAAGCAGGGACAAUUCUAUGACCUAUGCAAAACAACCUUUGUGGAUUACCUUCGCACUUGACAAUACGCUCAUACAGCUCAUUCCAAUCGCACGCAGAUCGAAACGAGUUCGAAAAAUGGAGACUGCUACUGAAUAUUAUAACUUCAUAUUUGUUACACAUGCAGAUAAGAGGACAACUACUUGGCCACUUAUGAGUUCACCGCUGCUACCUCUCACUCUUAUCUGCGGGUACCUUUUCGCUGUGUAUCAUUUCUUACCAAAAUAUAUGACUGGAAGAAGGCCUUACCGCCUCAAAGGUUAUCUUUGGGUUUACAAUUUGGCUCAAGUAGUUUCGUGUUUCGUAAUUAUUUAUGGACUUACUGCGUCGGGAUGGAGAAUUCACCACCUCGUGGACUGUCAAGUGAUAGAUCUCUCCAAUAAUCCAAACGCAAUUCGCACGGCUCAAUGCGUAUGGUUCUACUUCGCGCUCAAGGUUGUCGAACUUACGGAAACGUUCGUAUUUAUUUUGAGGAAGAAGUAUAAGCAAGUUUCGCCUCUACACGUUUUUCACCACGCUUCCACCGUUUUCUGCGCUUGGGUCGGGGUCAAGUUUUACCCGGGAGGAAUGUCUUCAAUUCCCAUUAUUCUAAACUCAAUUGUGCAUAUCGUAAUGUACAGCUAUUAUUUCCUAUCAUCACUGGGACCAGGAGUGCAAAGAAAGUGGUUGCAGCCGAUUAAACCGAUUGUAACUCGGAUUCAGAUCAUACAAUUGCUGAUAUUAUUGGUGCUAGCGCCUCAGGCAUUCUCACCACGCUGCGCUGUACCAGAUGUCCUAAUUUAUCUAUGCGUACCAGACUUUAUAAUAAAUCUAAUACUGUUUCUAAGAUUUUACGCAAGAAGUUACAACAAAAAAUAGUUUGUACAGAUUUAAUUUUGUAGUUUUCGAUUUGAGAGUAUGCUAAAGCGAGCAAUGCGAUUAUUUUUUUCCGAUUGUGAAAUCGAAUUAUGAAUUAUUCACAGAACAGAAUCGUAAAGUAAAAAAAAUGAGUGGUUCAAUCGUUUUUGUUCCGAUGAUCAAUGUCCGGUGUUAUUUCGGAAAAAUACAAAAGUGAUUUUUAUUUCAUUCAUUCAAGAAGUCACUGUAAAAAGGUUGAAGUGGGCGAAAUCGUAGAAAAAGUCUUCGAUUCCCAUUCUACCGAGCAUAGCGGACGAUCAUUACAGCUACUAUUGCUCUUCUAGUACAAAAACAGUCACUUCAAUCGUCCAAGGUAACCUCCCACUGCAAAACUGGUCGUCUGUGAGGUGUACACAAAUUAUGGCUAUUAUUUUUUCAUCUCUAUCUAACCCGUGCGAAGAAAAAGACACAAGUUUUGCAGUGGGCUGCUACCUGCGACCGUUUUUAUUCUAGACGAUCUAUAAUUUAUAGGGGAGGAACUUCGUAACUGUUUGUUGACAUUCGAGGUUCUGUGUUGCUGAUUUUUGCCCUUUUUUUCAACAAGAAAAACAUUUGUCCACCCCAGAUUUUAUCGAGAUUGCUAUGUGCAAUGUUAAACGGCCACUAAGCCACGCACCAGCACCUGUCCAGCUAGCUCAAUUAAAACAGAGCACGUCCAGCAUCCGCCAGAACUACAGAUCUCGAUAAGAUUUUGAGAACACUCAGCAGCCUGGAUCAGCUCCACAAUUCCAAAGAAUUAUAUACAAACGCCUGGCAUAACCCUGGGUACCAAAAGGAAAAUUUAGCAUGAAAACUCUUAUCUAGGUCGUAAUUUGAGCUCGAUUAAACACACAAUAUGUUAUUACA